UUAAGAAAUAUUCUAUUUGUAUUAAAGUAGGUUGUCAAAAACAGCUGUUAGCUGAUUACACUGCCUCGUUGUUGGACGAUUACAUAUUAAAAUAUACAAAAUUAAAUUUUUCGUAAAUUUAAUAAAAUUUUGAAUUAAAGUGACAAUAAUUCAUAUCUCAAUUAAAAAUGGCAGCCGCAGGACAACAAGUAACACUUGAAACAAUAGAUAAGGAUCAAAUGAAAACAUUUUCAGAUUUCUUGAUGUCUUAUAAUAAAUUAUCUGAAAUGUGCUUUUCAGACUGUGUCCGUGAUUUCACCUCCCGUACCGUGAAAAAUAAUGAAGAAAAAUGCGCAUUGAAUUGCAUGGAAAAAUAUCUUAAAAUGAAUCAGAGGAUUUCCCAACGCUUCCAAGAGUUCCAAAUGAUUGUCAAUGAAAAUGCAAUGGCUAUGGCACAAAAGACCGGCAAAUUAUAAAACCUCAAAUAGCGCGGCUGCAUUUGUACAAACUUUGUUAUAGUUCUAUAUUGUAUUUAGUGAAAUACAUUACAAUG